GUUCUGGGCUGUGUAAUGGGGUGUUUCAGGAUUAAGAGUAGGUAGGCGAGAGGCAUUUCUGGCAUGACACAGACCUGUGUGGGGCAUUAAGGAGUUUUUACCCCAGGGGGUAGUUGGAACCCGUAACCAUGCGCCUGAAGUUACACAAGAAGAAGAUCGUUGCCCUCCUGCUCCUGCUGGGCGUGGGGCUUUGCGUCUGCCUCCUCUUCCUCUCCGCCACCCCCGACCAAUCGCCGACCCUGGUGGUGCCGUCCCACCCCGCGGUGCGCAAAAGCCACUCUGCGUUCCAGCUGCCCCGGGGGUCCCUGCUGCAGAUGAGGCUGUCCGCUUACCGCAACAACCUGCACCAACCGGUGCUGAACGGCGAGCGCUUCCCGGGGCGCCCGGACCUCGUGGUGGUGGUCCAGGUACGAGGAGGUCCGGGCAUCGGCCCCCGACUGCGUCUUCUAGCAGAGUCCCUGAAGGCCGCCGGACCCGGGGCCACCAGCCGUCUCCUGCUCGUGCUCAGCAUGGAGAAGCCGUGCCCGGAGGCUGCGGAGGCCAUGAAAUCCAUAGACUUCUGCCAGGUGCUGCCCAUAUACUUCCCGUACAGCUUGAGCUUUUACCCGUAUGAGUUCCCCGGAGCCGACCCCGCUGACUGCCCGCGGGACCUGCCCCGCGAGUCGGCUGCUCUGAAGGGCUGCAGGAACGCGGAGCACCCGGACAGCCACGGCCAUUACCGAGAAGCCGCCUUCACCAUGGACAAGCACCACUGGUGGUGGAAACUCCACUUCACCUGGGAGAGACUGCGUGAUGUGAGUGGGCACGGCGGGCACGUCGUUUUCAUCGAGGAGGGCAGCUACCUCCUCCCCGACUGGCUGCACAUGCUGCGUCUCAUGCAGGCGCAGUGCCUGGAGGACGGGUGCCAGCUGCUCAGCCUCGGGGGUACGGCCGUCCUUGAGCCGUCGGCCGACCCCCAGCACGUGGAACUGAGUGGUUGGGUGGCACCUAAGCAUCGGUCGGCGGUUGCCAUGCCACGAGAGGUGUAUUACCAGCUUAUGGGCUGCCUGGCGGAGUUCUGUACCUACGACGAUUACAACUGGGACUGGAGCUUGCAGCACGUCUCCGCCGCGUGCCUCCCGCACCCGCUGAAGGUUCUGUCCACCCGCCUGCCUCGAGUGCUCACCCUGCCGGCCAACGGAGCCUGCGGGCGCGCCGGCCCCUGCGACAACACCGAGGAGGCAUCGCAAGCCCUCCGGGCGCAGGUCAGAGAACUCGGCGGCCGCCUCUUCCCCAGAUCUCUGAUCGUCGCCGUCCGACAGCAGGAAGCGCGGAACCCCCCGCAGGCUAAAAACGGCGGCUGGGGGGACGUCCGCGAUCACGCUCUGUGCCGGUCCUACGCCAGGCUGUGAGGCGUCCCGGGGCCCGUCUUUGGCGUUUCCGUCCAGGAAUCGGUGCUUCGAAAAGUGACCAAAAUUCAAACAAUUUUCUCAGGAAUUUCCAGAAAAAAAAAUACACAAACUCAGCGAGAGACUGAACUUCAAGAUCCGACAUCGCUUGCUGCUCGUUUCCCGCUCGUGCCUUCAGACGCCUG